AGGAUGGAUCCGGGAUUGUGCUCCAGGAGGACGGCUGGGCUUCUGCUGCUGCUCGCGGCGCUCUUGCCAGUUUUUCAGGCUCAAACGGUGACUGUGGAUGACAGCAUGUCUGGAUUUAUUGGAACCGAUGUGAUUUUGCGCUGCACAUUCACAAACAACAAUCCUAGCAUCAAAAUCACUCAGGUGACGUGGCAAAAAGCAACCAAUGGGUCGAAGCAAAAUAUCGCUAUUUUUCAUCCAUCUAUGGGGGUCUCUGUCUUACCUCCAUAUCAAGACAGAGUGUCUUUCAAGAAGCCAUCUCUGGAUGAUGCCACAAUCGAGCUGUCCAGCUUAGAAUUGUCAGAUGAAGGUGUGUACAUCUGUGAGUUCGCAACCUUUCCAACAGGAAACCGAGAGAGCCAGGUUAACCUCACAGUCUUUGCCAGACCACUGAUUGAUGCUGAGCUCAGUCCAAACACCAUCAUUGCACGAGCUGGCCUUCCAGGAAAGAUUGUUGUAGCAACUUGUACAUCUGCCAAUGGGAAACCGCCAGGUAUCAUCACCUGGGAGACAAAAGUUAAUGGGGAGACAGUUGUUAAAGAAUCUCGAAACCAAAAUGGCACCAUCACAGUGACCAGCCAAUACCUGCUGGUUCCAUCCAGAGAAGCUCACAGGCAACCACUGACAUGCGUCGUGAAUUACCAAAUGGACCGCACCACCAAAGUGCUGAUGUUAAACGUGCAGUAUGAACCAGAGGUUACAGUGGAAGGAUUCGAUGGGAAUUGGUACUUGAACAGAGAAGAUGUGCGUCUGACAUGCAGAGCAGAUGGGAACCCACCCGCAACAAAGUACAAGUGGAAGAUGUUAAAUGGCUCAUUGCCUGUAAAUGUGGAACCACAGAAUACCACUCUGCUCUUCAAAGGGACUGUGACCUAUGACCUUGCUGGGACAUAUGUUUGUGAAGCUACAAAUGCAAUUGGCACACGGUCGGGUCUGGUUGAGGUCAACAUUACAGAAUCCCCUCAAAUCCUACCAUCCAGCACAAGCAGUCCGAGUGUGAGAGCGGGUCUGGACGGAAGCGGCAGCGGCAACAAGACCCUGGUGAUUGGAGCAGUUGUGGGAGGUGUGGUGCUCGUCUUGUUAAGCAGUGUCAUAAUCUUCAUCAUCCUUCGUAAGAGGCAACAAACCUUCAAGGGUGACUACAACACAAAGAAGCACGUGUUUGGGAAUGGAUACAGCAAAGCUGGUGUCAUGCCCCCCGCUCCGGAGCACAUCCCUUACCAAGAGGAAUCCGAUGAGGAUAAAAAGCCGUCUCCCAUGAAUGUAAGUUAUGAAAAUGAGAGGAAAGUUCCUCGUGAUGGGGUUGAUUUUGACGCGGACUCCAAGCGGCCUUACUUCACGGUCGAUGAGAGCGACACACAGGAGGACUUUGACGACCAGACUCUCAGCUUCCAGUAUCCACAGGAUCUGACGGAAGACAUGGUGUCGCAGAAUGAUGGCUCCAUAAUUUCAAAGAAAGAGUGGUAUGUGUAGUGCCAGACUUCUUGGGGUACAGGACAAAGUCACUGUCCUGCCUCCAGCACAGUUGGGUCCACUGUAAAGAACUCUGAACAGCUAAAGUCUUAAUGAUUACAUUGUGGUUUAUUUUUUACAUUUAAUUCAAAAAAUAAAUAUUGUUCUAAAGACAGUGUUUUCUAAAACAAACAAAAGGAACACUGGUCUAUAUAGCACUAACUUGAGGUAAACCUCACUCAUACCAGCUGGACUUCUGUAAAAACUGAUGUCUCUUCAAUAUACUGUGCAGACAUCAGGUAACUUGUGCUAAACACUGGAAUUCAGUCAGGCUGUCAGCACUUCUGUGGCUGCAUUACCUUAACUGUCAUUAACUUAGUCAUUAAUUUAUAACCACUCACUGGGACUGGACACGGCUAAUAACUUACUGGUAUUUGCUAGUGAGUGGUUAGUUUCGUUUGGUAAGCAACUGGUGAUGAUGUGAUAGCAACAGUUAAUAUUCCAUUAAAUGGACGGGGGGAACAGAUACUAAUGCUGCAGCCGAUAAUGAGAUGUAUAGCUGGAUGUUCCACUAGAUGAUAUCAAUAUGUGUAAAUACCAAUUUAUUUUUUAAACUGCACAUAACGCUAAAGCCACAGAAGGUCCUGUCAGGUACCUUAAAUGUCUUGGUACCUUUUGGGUCACAAUUUUGCUGUCAAUUUUUUAAGCUUCUAUGUAACAUGAAUUUGCCUGGCAUAAAGAUAAUUUUUUUCCCCUCCUGAAUGAGGUCCUGUUUGCAGCUUCCAGCAUUCCCUGCACGUGAGCAUUCAUUUCUCUAAAUCUCAAAAUUGUGUCUGCGAUGUGAAGUGUCAAGCUGCCAAGAUGUGUGUAAACCCUCCCCCACACAAUGAAAUUCCUAACAAGUCUCUACAACAUUUAAAGAUCUGGGUUUACUUGCUGAGUCUAGUCAGUGCAUGCUUCAGAAUUCUCUUUAACAAAAUGUUCAAUGUACUGCAUCUUGCCUACAAUCAGUCAUGUACUUUAGUGUAUUUUUCAGACUUUUAACAUCAUGUUAGAUUUAUAGUGUUACCUCAUCCAACUGCAGUUACCCAGGUCCACCUCUGCAAUGAUUUUGUAAAAGUUAAGCCAUGCAACUUAGAGACCAGAUUUGAUGGGUGUCAUCAGAGUGAAGAAAAACAACAUUCUACAGGUGCUGAAUAUCUGACAUAAAAGCAAAAAAUGCUUGAAACACUCAGCAGACCAGGCAGCAUCUGUAAAGCGGGAGAGAGAGACAUGGUUAACGUUUGAGGUCAAUGACAUUUUCAUCAGAACUGGAAUCGAAUGAAGCCCUCUCAAGCUGCACCCAAAUACAUGUCUGUUCCCUAGAAGCCUUACCAGUAGUUUAUUGUCAAAUCUGCACUUAUAGAGGUCUGUUCCAUUCAUAAUGCACAAUUGGUAAUGUUUCUCUUGAGUGGGCGUUGAGAAGUGCCCAGUGUAGAUAAAUAAGAGAUAAUAUGAAAAGCUCAUGCCUUGAGCUGCAAGAUGUGGAUCCUCUAGCAGUGUAGGAUGCUGGGCAGGUCUGUUUGCCAGCUACUGAUUUAAGACCUUCCAGCUUUUGCCUUCUUGCCCUUUUAAUUUUGUAAAGAAUUGCAGUCUGUUCCUGUUGUGGGCAGCAGGUCUGCAUAAUAAGUACUGCACCUCCCACAGUAUUAACACAUGGGCAUUGUGCAGAGUAGCAAAUGGGGACACAGUUCACCGCAUGCUAUCAGACAAACACAGCACUCUCUUUGUUCAAGAAAUGCGUCAACAGUUACCUUUGUUUAAAAACGCCUACAAAGUGGGUGAAAAUGUUAUCAGUAAAUGAUAUUUGUAACAUUGUGCUACUGUGGCUUCCAGAGUCUCUCUCCACCAUCCCAACCAGUAGAUUCAAAUGUGGCCUUGAGCUUCCUGCAAUCAGGAAUACAUAGCCCACAGCAAAAACAGUUUGUCUCGUAAGGUUAAAGAUGAGACACCCAUCAUGUUCAUAGAAGGCCCACAGGCAAGGGGCACUGCAAGCAGCUGCCAAGUUGUGGGAGGGGGAGUAUUGGGGACUGCCCCAUACUUCUGUUAACCCUUGUUUGAAACAGCCAUAAAAACUGAAAGAUCUGGAAAUAUACAACCAGUCAGUCACUAUCUGUGAAGAUGUUAAGACGUUUCAGGAGUGCACCCUUUAUCAGAACCAUAUCAGAAUUGUGAACAAUCAAAAAGCCAUGUUCAAAUACAAUGGUGUAGUGGGCUUGGUCUAAAUAGCCAAGUGGUUAUGGUACUGGGCUUGUAACCCCAAGAUCAAGAGUUCAAAUCUCACAAUGGCAAACUAUGAAACAAUGUAACUUCAUCUGAAACAGAUGGAAACGUGUUUGUACUCGAAAGAGUUACAAUGGUGUAGUGCUUAUGUUCCAGGACUAAUCUUCCAGAGAAUGGAGUGCAAAUCCCAGCAUGGUAGUUUGAUCAUUGGAAUUCAGUUUUGUUAAAGUAACUAAAAAGCUGAGAUCAGUAAAUGACUGUGAGCCACCCAAUCGACAUAAAAUCCCAACUGGUUCAUUCCUCCCCUUUAAGGAAAGAAAUUAAUUGUCCUUACCAAGUCUGGCCACUGUGUCUCCAGUUCCACGCCAGUGUGGUUGAUUCUGAAGUGGUCUAGCAAGCAACUCGGUUGUAUCACACCUUUGGGCAUCUAGAGCAGAGUUAUGAUGUGGAUGCAAAGAGCCUUCAAGGGGAUUUAGUGAGGCUAAAUGAGUAGGCUAGAACAUGGCAGAUGAAAUAUAAUGUGGAAAAAUGUGAAGUUACCCCCUUUGGUAGGAAAAACAGAAAUGCAGAGUACUUUUUCAAAUGGAGAUUGGGAAGUGUUGAUGCCCAAAGAGACU